AUGGCUGUACUACCGGGCGCCGUCGCAUCAGUUAAGUGGUGGUGGUGCAGAUCGUUCGUAGCAGACGAGCGGUGUUUCAGUAGACGGUGUGUGGGGAGUAAUCGUAAUACGACGCGUUGCCUAUCGGGAUUACGGUCGUGCCGUUACCGGUUCUUGGUGGUUUCCGUGUCGACGGCUUAUCGCCGGGUAGGAAAGAUGCGCAAACGGGACGAUCGAGUCGUGCUUCUGCUGGUGGUGGUGUGUGCUGCGCUAGUGCCAGCAGUGAGUGGGCAGCAGCAAAGAUUUCGACAACAAACCGGACCGGUUAAUCGACGUUCGUCCUUUGCUGAACCCGCACCGAUACCGGCAACGCCCGCACACCAAGCUGAGUUCCAAACCGGCCAGACGUUCAGCUACAAUCCGGCCGCGGCAGCAGUAACCGAGCUGGCCCGGGUGAUCGGCAGUAUUCUCGGGCAGCAAAACAAGGCGGCCGUCUUUUCGCCGGUCAGCAUCGCUUGUGCGCUGUCGCUGAUGCUAAUCGGGGCCGAGCAGGAGACGAAGAACGAGCUGAUACAGGUGCUCGGGUUCCAGCAGUACCGGAACCAUCUGGACAACAUCCAUGAGCUGUACGGGCAGAUGCUGAAGGACCUGGCCAAGACCGAGUUCGGCCGUACACCGCCACGCUGGCGCACCGCCAACCCUUGCUACGACGAUGAUGACGAGGAGGAGGCGGCGGCAGCGGCGGCCGAAUUUCCACCCACGAAGGACAUCAUACGCGUGACGAACGCGGUGUUCGUGCAGGAGGGCUUCCCGCUGAACGCCAGCUUCACGUACUACUCGAAUCGGUUCUACAGCAGCACGGCGGCCAACGUUCCGUUCGCCACCAAUCCGGCGCGGGCGGCCGCCUUCAUCAAUGCGUGGGCCCAUCGCAGCACGGAGGGCAAGAUCCGUGACAUCCUGUCCGAGUCCGUCGCGGCGGAAGCGGAGAUGAUAGUGGCCAGUGCGCUCUACUUCAAGGCACUGUGGUCGGAACCGUUCGAGCGGCAGGCCACCGAGCUCAAACCGUUCUAUCCGGAUGGUCAUGGGCGGGAUUCGAAGCUGGUACCGACAAUGUCCACCGUCGGCUGCUACCCGUACUACGAUGCGCGUGAGUACGAUGCGAAGAUCGUGGGUCUGUCGUAUCAGGGCAACAAAACGGCAAUGUACAUCAUCAUGCCGAACAACUCAACCCGCCAGACCAUGCUGGAGUUCCAGCGCCGUCUUACGCCGCUCAUAAUUGGUGAGCUGGUGUCAAAGAUGACGCAGCGCAAGAUGUUCCUGCAGAUGCCGAAGAUGCAGAUCACCAACACGAUCAAUCUGCGCGAGGUGCUGCAGCAGCUGGGUUUGCAGACGAUCUUCAAGCGCGGCCAGAGCAACCUGUCCGGUAUGGUUGCGAUGCCGCAACCGGUCCUCCAGUUCGCGACACGUUUCGGUGAAUCGGGUGCACCGGCCGAUCCUACGUCGGUCGUGUUUCCCGUCGACGAGUACCAUGUGCAACCGGCGUCCGACAUACGGCGCGGUACGGGGAUGAACAACAUCAACGCUGCGGCAGGAGAGUCGGGCCGCGAACGGGUGCCCGGUGCGCAACUGCACGUGAGCGAGUUCAUCCACCGGGUCGAGCUCGACAUCAACGAGAAGGGCACGGAGGGUGGUGCGAUCACGUCCUCCACCAUCUUCCGGGCGCUACCGUCCGUGCAUUUCCGGAUCGACGCACCGUUCCUGCUGCUGAUCGGUCAUGACGACACGCGGCUACCACUGUUCUACGGUUCGAUCUACGACCCGACGCCUAAAAUGAAACUUUUUCAAGCACUGUCGCUCACAUUAUGGCUGCUCCUGGUGCCACUUGUCCACGGUCAGUGGAAUCGAUACAAUACACCAAAGCCCUUUUCGAGAAUCACGCCAAUGGUUCGUGCACGAUUUCCGGCGAGGCUGAGCUUCGACGGUGGUCCAACUCCAGCGCCUACAUCGUCCACGACCAGGCGACCAGCAGCGCCACCGACGAACGGUAAUGCAGCCACCAGCCUAUUCCUUGCACCGGAUAAUGAUUCCAAAGUAUCGCAAAACGUGGUAGACUUUAUGAUGCGCAUCAGCCGUACGCUGGCCCGACGCAACAGCAAGACAGAGAUAUUCUCACCGGUUAGUAUCAUUACCGUGGCUAACCUGCUGUUCCUCGGAUCCGCCGGCGACACACACGCAGAGUUUGGGAAGGUCCUAACACCGUCCAGCAUGAACUGGAAGCAACUGCAUCAUCGGUACGGUAAGGUGCUGGCGAAUCUCGUAUCGGCGGAACCGGUCGACAGUCGACGGGAUCAGUGGCGUCGCCAAACCUGCCCCCUGGAUGAAGACUACGACGACGAGCCGACCACACCCACACCGAAAUCCCAAGUUAUCCGGGUAGCCAACGGAAUCUUCUACCAGAAGGACCUCCAGAUGCGUCAGCAGUACGUAGCGUUGGCACGCAGUCUUUACGGCGCGCUGGUACAACCGAUCGAUCCGCAAAAAUCCGCUGCAUCCACUGCAAUGAUCAACAAAUGGGUUAGCGAUGUGACGGCGGGCAAGAUACGGAACAUGAUCGAGGGUCCACUGAGUCCAAGCAGCAGCGUGGUAAUCGCGAACGCGCUCUACUUCAAAGGCAAGUGGAAGACCCAGUUCGAACCGCUCGUGACGCGUGAAUCGGCAUUCUUCCCGAAUGGUAUCGACAAGCCGUCGUAUCGCGUGACGAUGAUGAGCAUGAGCGGUUGCCUACCGUUCUACAAUCCCCGUGACGCAUUGGAUGUGUCGAUCGUGGGACUGCCGUACCGUGAUGAUACCAGCACGAUGUACCUCAUCCAGCCGGCCAACUCGAGCCGAACCGCCCUCAGACGUCUGCAGGCGUCGCUUACCGGCAAAAUGGUGGACUCGUGGAUCGCACAGAUGAAGCUCCUGUCGACGACGGUGCGGUUGCCGAAGAUGCAUCUGAAAAACAGUGUCGAUCUGCUGCAAUCGUUCCAGAAGCUGGGCUUCAACUCGAUCCUUAGCCCGGCCAAGAGUGAUCUGUCGAACAUGGUCAGCAGUGGCGCCACGGGACAGAAACCGUACGCGAACCAGAUCCUGCACAAGCUCGAUCUUACGAUCGACGAGGAGGGUACGGAAGGUGCGGCCGCUACCUCCGCGCUGGUCGACCGCAUCGGUUCGCAGAGAACGUUCAACGGGAACACACCGUUCCUAAUCUAUCUCCGGCACGAUGCCACCGGUUUGCCACUGUUCUAUGGUCCGAUCUUUGAUCCGCGCUAA